GAAGUUUUUUGUACGAUUAAAACACCAUGAAAGUGAUACUUUUUAUGUGUUUGGCGUUUUACGCUGUAGCAUCUGAAGAAUUAUAUUCAGAUCAGUAUGAUUACGUCGAUGUUGACAAAAUUUUGUCUGAUGACAAUCUCAGAGAACAAUAUUAUAAUUGUUACAUGGGAAAUUCAGUUUGCGUUACUCCUGAUGCUCAGUACUUCAAAGAAAUUCUUCCAGAAGCAGCUUUGACUAAAUGUGUCAAAUGUACCAACAAACAAAAAGAAAAUUUCGAAAAAAUAGCUGCUUGGUUUACAAAAAAUCAGCCGGACAAGUGGGAAGCCUACACGAAAAAAGCAGUUGAAUUUUAUAACGAAUCAAAAAAAGCGUAGGAAUAGUAAUAAGGUUGAACAAUUAUAUAAUAUUCAAUAUAACUAAAAUAUACCACCUCAAAGCCCCUGUUAUAAUUAUUAUUAUAAUUAAUAUCAUUACUGUAUCUUCUACAUCCUAAUUAUAUAAUUUAGUUGUUAACUCUGAAGUGUUUAAUAAAAAAUUUGAAGAAAGUAAUAUAAUGUA